GUUUUGUUCACGCAAACCACUUCCCUUUUUAGGGAGCGAGAUAGCAUUAGUACCCAUAGCGUGCUCCGCGAGAGAGCUCGAUCGAGUUGAGCGUUCGAUCGAAGCGGAGAAAGGAGGAAGAAGAAGAAGAGGAAGAGGAGGAGGAGGAGGAAGAAGAAGACGAUGUCGUGGCAAGCGUACGUCGACGAUCAUCUGAUGUGCGAGAUCGACGGCCAACAUCUCUCCUCCGCCGCCAUUCUCGGCCACGAUAGUACCGUAUGGGCUCAGAGCCCUAAUUUCCCUCAGUUCAAGCCUGAAGAGAUUAGUGCCAUUUUGAAUGACUUUGAAAACCCUGGAUCUCUUGCUCCAACUGGUUUAUACCUUGGCGGUACAAAAUACAUGGUCAUCCAAGGAGAGCCAGGGGUUGUCAUUCGAGGAAAGAAGGGUACUGGAGGUAUUACUGUGAAGAAAACUAAUCUUGCUUUGAUCAUUGGUGUAUAUGACGAACCAAUGACUCCUGGCCAAUGCAACAUGGUUGUCGAGAGGCUCGGAGAUUAUCUCCUCGAGCAGGGCUUUUAAACCUGGUACAUGUUUGUUUGGAUGUUUUCUUUGAAAUGUCCUGUCAUUGCUAUGCACGCAGUGAAUAAUUAGGGUUGGAUUUGUCUGUGAUAUUUGUUGAAAAUGUCUGCUAGUCGGUCGGCAUGCUGGCAUGUUCUCAUGUUUUUACCGCAGACUUGUAUGUAAUGUUUGGCUUUCCCUGGGGUCAUGACAUUUUGUGAUAAACUAUUUAUAAUGAAUUUGUGAUGUCUUGUAGAAAA